CUAAAUCGAAGAGGCGCGUUGCAUGGUGUGCGUACACAUUUACUCGUUGCGUGCGUGCGUGCGUGCGUGCGUGCGUGCAACACGAGCAAAACCACGUGUGUGACGUCGCGCGAACAGAAGAGCAGCGAGACGAAACGUGAUGACGAGGAGGAGAUCGUGAAAAGGAGGCUGAUCGCGAACAACGGUGAAAUCCUCGAAGAUAUCAGAGUUCCGACCGGCAGGAUUUUCGUUCAUCUUCGUAGUGUAGAAAUAAUGUGCGGUCACGCGAAGAACGCGUCCACGAGUGUGAAGUGAUACGUUAGUGCCGGUAUACCACGAGCUCGGCGAGCGUGCUCCUCGUGCGUUUCUCCCGUUCGCCGUUAUUGCUACUGAUCUGUUUCUCUCGUGCCCAGUGGUGGUGAUCCAUACCGCGGAAUAUCAAUGUACGUCACGUGUCUGCAGCGUCGUCCACGUCGCCGAUGUCACGGGAUCUUGGCUCGUCAUCGCCGGCUCGCAAAGAGGAUGUUUUUCACAUGACUCGACGAGAUAGUCCCCUGGGAUAUAUAUUGCGUCCCGUCGCUCACCCUGGAUACCGCCGCCGAUCACACGUCGGACAGCGAGCGCAGUAGUAGAAAAAGCGCAAGACGAUGUAUUCUGACGGUCUCCUGACGCUCCACUAUGGGAAACAUCCAGCGACCUUGGCCGCAGAGGUCGGGGCCUGGUACAGCGGGGACCGUCACGUGGACGUGACCCUGGCAUGCGACGAUGGGUCCGUCGUAAAGGCUCAUCGCGUAGUUUUGGCAGCAGCCAGUCCCCUUUUAGCUAGUCUACUUCGGAAUCCUGCCCUAGACCACGUGGUUCAUUUAUCAGGCGUCCGAAAGACUCAACUAAAUCAUUUGUUGGAGUUUUUGUAUAAUGGAGAAGCACUGAUACCGUCGACAGAACUUACACCGUUGAGGGAACUUUUUGAGCUUCUUCAAAUUAAGUCGGAACUAUUUGAGCCUAAUCAACCUCAAACUAGUAACUCUGAUCCCGAGAGAAUAUCAACUCCACAGCCCUCAGAAGGCCAGGAGAGUUCCAGUUAUGAAUCCCAAUACGAUGGCAGACAGUCCAAUAACCCCGCGGACUGUUGCUCAGUUCUCAUUAAAACGGAAGGUUGCGAAGAGGAACCGGAAGUAGAUGUAGAAGGUGUGGAAGGCGAAAGUCUUCUUUCGGAUAACAGAGAAAGCAGCAUAGAACCACCUAGAAGAAGGGAUAGUUCUGAUCCUGUUAAUCUGAGCCUCAAUUCCGGCACUUCCGUCACAAGUGACGGCUCGCACGAUAUAAUUCACAGGUCUGAAAAGCCGAUAUUCGAAAGGCGAGAAUCUCUUGAAGAAGUUGAAGAAAGGAAGAGGCAGUUGGCAGCGCGGUUAGCAUUAGGUUUAGAAGCUGGAAAGAGGAAACCUGAAGAAAUACCAAUCACACCUGCGGAAGCGUAUGUCGUAACGCCUCAUCGAAAACGAAGGCCAGGCUUCCACAAUGCUCCCGCACAAAAUCCGGCCUUUGUACCCUUCAAUCCUGGAUUCGAAACGCCCAGGAGGUUGCAAGCGCCACAUCCCUUAAGCGUUUCGGCACCACCGUACCUGCAGGACAGAUCAGUUACGCCGCCAUCUCAUCGACCGCCGAGUGCCGAUCCGGCGUCAGCAGCAUCUCUAGAGCCAUCAUCUUGGGCUGCUUGGACUCUGCCACCUGCCAGAGCCCCACCGCCUCCCCCGUCGACGGACGACCCGCCGAAAUCCACCCCCGUUCGAGAAUAUCGGUGCAGCUACUGCGGUAAACAGUUCGGCAUGUCAUGGAAUCUAAAGACGCAUCUGAGAGUGCAUACCGGCGAGAAACCUUUCGCAUGUAGACUUUGCGUUGCCAUGUUCAAGCAAAAAGCACACUUGCUUAAGCAUCUGUGCUCGGUGCACCGAGGUGUGAUAGCGGCCCCUGACAAUACGUUUUCGUGUUGCUUCUGCUCGUCGUCGAACUUCGUCAAUCUGCAGGAUCUCAUCAGGCAUCUCUCGGGACCGCACAACAAUCUGCUACUCAGCAGAAAUUUACAUCGUGAAUUUACGAAUCAUGAAUAGCGACAAAGUCAAAGGCCGUCCGAUGCUGAAGAGUGUUCCUCGAACGCGCAAUGACAAAUCCUUUGAGUGAUUUAUUUGAUGCUCUCGGGAUUUCAUUAGAUGAACGCGACUGAGACACAGUUUUUAUUCAGGCCAUUUUAAAAGAUUAGAUUAUACAGGGUAAUGCAUUUAAAAUUAUCACCCUUCUUGCUGCUUUUGAUGAUACACAAAGAAAUAGAUAAUUAUAAAAUAAUUAUAUAUUUUUAAAUAGUCUUUAUUAUAUCAGGAAAGAAUAAGAUGAUAUAUUAAUGAUAUGUCUUUUCAAUCAGAUGUCUUUUUGUUGUAUCGUUGAAAGCAACAAAAAAAUCUUUCAUGUAAUAAUUUUAGAUAUUCCGCAUAUGCGAAUUAUUAUGCUAUUUGAAAUAGUCUUUAAUAUUCGCAACCCAUUUCUAUGAUAUUUUGGUCUGAAUUUAACAGAAAAUAAUUGCGUUUUUAUUACGGGCGAAACACGAUAAGAAACAAGGCAAGGGCAAGAAAUGAUUAUCAAUUUCAUGUGAUAUUACAAAAAUAAAUUCACAUACAGAAUUUGUUUUUAAAUAUUGCAAUUUGCUCUUCAGUUGUUUUCUUAAUUGGUUACUAUAAUGAACUGUACAUGAAAACCUAUAAGUCCGUCUUUUUUUUUCAUAAAAAAAUAAUAGGAUGAAAAAAAUCGAUACACAACUGCUUGUCUUGAGAAUAAACGUACAUUAUUUCGGUUUAGAUCAAUUUAUAUAAAAUUUUUGAAAGAAAGAAAUAUAUAUUGAUUAAAAAUAUCGAAAUAAUGUUUUAUAUUUUUUUCGAAGAGACAAAAUGACAUUCAGCAUCGGAAAAGAGCCUUUUUUAAUCUAAGAGCC